AUGACAAGUGCUGAAUAUCUUAAAAUUUCUCCUACAAAUCUCAAAAUUCUCAAAGAACAAGCAAUAGAUUGGGCACUAUCUCAUGGUCUAGUUAUUCGUACCAAUUCUAACUCAACCUCGACAACAGUUCAUGCCCCAAUUUCUUUGUUUCCAUCGCCGUUUCCUAAGAAAGAAUUCGAGUUUGCAUUAGAGUUGCAACCGAUUUUUAACUUGUUGUUUCAUAAACUGUCAAAGGAUCAUGAAUUUAUUGAAAAAGUUAUUGGAGAAUCAGACUACAUUUUACAUCUGACUCCAAAUUCCACUGAAGCGCACAUUCAACAAGUUGAAUUUAAUACAAUUUCAUCUUCAUUUUCUAGUUUAUCAACGUUAACUAGUGAAUUGCAUAAAUAUCUCUUGGAAUCAACAAAAUAUUUUGAUGUAUCUCCAACACUUAAACUUGAUGCACUUCCGAAAAACGAAGCAAUGAUAAGUUUGCCGAAAGGCAUUGCAAAGGCUCAUCAACUUUAUGGCUCUGAAAGCGCUGUAGUGUUGAUGGUUGUUCAGCCUGCAGAACGAAAUGCUUUCGAUCAACGAUGGAUUGAGUAUACCCUGAUGAAUAAUCAUAAGAUACAUCUUAUGCGUAAAACUCUCUUUGAAGUCCAACGUGAAGGAAAAUUAGACAAAGAUACUAAAGCACUAAUUAUAGAUAAUAAAGAAAUCUCAGUCGCAUAUUUUCGUUCCGGAUAUGGCCCCAACGAUUAUCCGACCGAAAAGGAAUGGAAUGCAAGACUAUUGAUUGAGCGUUCAAAGGCAAUCAAAUGUCCUACCGUGGCUUAUCAACUUGUUGGUGCAAAAAAGGUACAGCAAGUAUUGGCUGUCCCUGGUGUUCUUGAGAGAUAUGUAACUAAUCCUUCAGAUAUAACUAAAUUACGAUCAUGCUUUGCGGGUUUGUAUCCGUUAGAUUCUAAUCCUGAAGGAGAAGCAGCUGCGAAACUUGCUUUGGAGCACCCUGAGCGAUUUGUGAUGAAACCACAGCGUGAAGGCGGAGGAAACAAUAUAUAUACAAAAGAUAUUUCUCAAGCACUUACACGUAUGACACCAUUAGAACGAUCCUCAUAUAUUUUAAUGGAUUUAAUACAACCUCCAAUGAUGAGUAAUAUUGUUGUAAGAGAGGGUGAAGUUAUUCAAGGUGAAAUGAUUUCAGAGUUGGGUAUUUAUGGCGUCUUCAUAGGAGGUAAUAACGAAGAUGAGGACUUAGUGAUUAAUGAGCUAGGUGGACAUUUGUUGAGGACUAAGGGUAGAGAAACCAAUGAAGGGGGAGUUGCUACAGGGUUUUCUGUCAUUGAUUCACCCUUAUUAAUUUAA